UCCGUAUUACAGAAGGCUACUCAAGUCCUGAUCUCUGUUUAAAACUAGAUUUGAGUUGAGAUUUCAUUUUAGAACGCUCCUCAAGCAUAGAUUCGGUGAUCAUAGUUCAGCCGAGUGUAGAUCUUAUUCUAGAUCAUUACUCAGUUGUAGAUUACAACUUAAGUAGAGAUUUGAUCUGUGAUCACGCAAGUGUGGUCGACACCGCGCUUGAGCAGAGAUUUCCCUGUCAGUUUUGAGUUUAGCAAAUAAUUGUGUUGAGAAUAGAAGUAAAUAAUGGAUAUUUUUGAAGAGAUUGAUUAUUACGAUAAUUUAUUUAACGAUGAUUCGAACAGAAGGUUGAACUUUCGCGUUCCUCUCAGAUAUCUUAGAGAUGUCCAAGACCCAUACAAUUGUGAGAACUUCAAGAAAAGGUACAGGUUUUCACAAGAUGUGGUGAAAUCUGUGAUUUUGCCAUUAAUUGACCAAGAUCUGAGAAAGUUGAGUAACCGUGGUCAUCCCAUAGCCCCGGAGUUACAAAUUCUUGUGUGUUUGCGUUUUUAUGCGACAGCGUCAUUCCAAGUAAGUUUUUUCUACUCACAUUACAAUAAUAAACAAGUAUAUAAAAAAAACAUAAAUUCAGCUAAAUUAAUCAUAGUAGGUACUCAUGCUAAUAUUUUCUUAUUUUUGCAGAUAGUUUGUGGAGAUUUAUUAAAUGUAUCGCAACCAGCCGCCUCAAAUAUAGUUGCAAAUGUAUCAAGGUUGAUAGCUCUACAACAGAGGCAUUAUAUAAAAUAUCCACAAGACAUGGUCUCACACAGGGCACAGUUUGCACAGCUCGGCCAGUGUCAACAAAAUCCAGGCCUAAGAAAUGUGGACGGUGCAAUUGACUGCACACAUAUAAAAAUAGUAAAUACUCCAGGUGUGGAACAUCAUGAAGCCUACAGGAACAGAAAAUCUUACUUUUCUAUAAAUGUCCAGGCAGUUGUUGGGCCAUUUGGCAAUUUCAUGGACAUUGUGGCUCGAUGGGCUGGCAGUACACACGACAGCAGAAUUUUCCAGAUGUGUUUGUUGCGAACCAAAUACAUUCAGCAACAACAUACUGGUUAUCUCAUUGGAGACAGUGGAUAUCCUUGUUUAAGGUUCCUGCUGACACCUGUAGGUACACCAACAACCCAUGCGGAACAAGUAUACAAUAGAGUUCAUGUGAAAACAAGAAAUGUGGUGGAAAGAACCUUUGGGAGAUGGAAACGGAGGUUUCCAUGCCUAAGUAGGGGGUUGGGCAACAAAUUGACCACAGUGUCAAAUAUUAUCGUAGCAUGUGCUGUCCUUUUUAAUAUAUCAUUGUCUACAAAUGACAUGAUGCCUUCGUAUGAAGAAGAUAAUGACAUCAAUGAAGAAGUCUCAUAUGAUGAAUCCAACAAUGAAGGGACUACUGAUGGGUUUGCUUUUAGAAAUACAAUUAUUAAUAAUUACUUUUGAUUUUAUAUAUUUACAGUUUUUCUAAAAAUAAAAAACUAUGUACAAAUAA